AAAGACGAAACGAGGAUGCGAUGCAACGCGACGACGACGCAGGGCGGAAGUAGUAGUGAGAGAGAUAGACGGCGACUCCGUGCACAUGUUGCAAAUGGCAGGCGGCGAGUGACAUUUCCGUCAGUCCGUGUUUUUUCGUGUCGGUCCACGUAACCGAUUCCUCCACCGUAAGGGAUCGUCCCCGAGAGAAUCCCUCCUCAUCGCCCCCUGAUUCGAGAUCCUCCCCGUCAUCCGCGGGGUACGUUGACCGGGUUCAUCAACCGGUGGAAGAGGGCGGCGACGGCGCCAACGGCCGCGAGCGAGCACGCACCUUGGAAACGAGGGAGAUUAAGUUCGUAGAACCCGGAUCGGCGAGAGCACGUAUACCUUACGGAAAGAGAGAGAGAGAGAGAGAGAGAGAGAAAGGAUGGCGAAACUGGUAAACAUUUGGCGGGACGAUGAACCGGUGAAACUGGCGUGCAAGCAAAUGCCGUUGAUCAUCGACGAGAGUUUGACGAUGAUCAUGGAUAUAAGUAAUUUAGGAGCAGUCAGUGAUAGUCCUUUAGUGCGUGGUAAACAACUGGAUGAAUUUACAAGAAAAUUGGAUAUGCUCACAAAGGAAGAAAUCAAAGCAUCAUUUGAAGUUACUUGCAAGGAUAUACUUGCCAUUUUGGGCCAGGCAGAACCGUGUGUCGGUUGUCGAAGAAGUGUUGAAAGGUUGUUCUACGACUUGAUGAAGUCAGGACAUCCAGCGUUGGAUCCAUUGGUUAUUACUCCCAAUGGUCUGCUUUCUAUAAAAGACGACGUUCUGGAAUCACCUCAACGACUUUGCACGAUAUUGCACGGACACAGCGCUAGGUUACAUAAUUUAGUGGAGAAACAACCGAGAAAUAGAAAAUCCCGGCGAUGCGUACUGCAUUCUUUGGAAAUUCAACGAAUGCGACCGCCACCGAACGCGUGGAGGGAAGUAUGGGAUUGCAUGGAACUACCGUGUCAACAGGAGUUGACUUUAAUCGAGACUGAUACACUUGAUGACACUUUGGAAACUUAUCUACGUAAACAUAGGUUUUGCGCCGAGUGCCGUAACAAGGUAUUAUUGGCGUCAUCUCUCCUGACACGAGAGCCCGAACCUACAAAAGAGAAAGGUUACGUAGCAGUUUUAUACUCUGGAAUUAAGCGUUGUAUAGCUGAUCAUCAUGUUCACUUGCCAACUAUCACGGAAUACAUUAGUACCCUUAUUGGUCGCGCGCAGCCAGAACUCAUGGGAAGGGAGCGCCAUGCGAAAACGCUGGAGAUUGCUCAAGAGGAAGUACUUACGUGUUUAGGUAUAUGUAUCGCGGAACGAUUGCAUAGAGUCCAUAGACGGCUGAAGGAAGAAGAGACUGUGUGUAAAGUACUAGCCGCGGUCGCAGUAGAUGCAUUAUCCAGAAAUUUCCAGAUGGCAGUCGAGGUGAAACAAGGUAUCUCUCAAUUAGAAUUGUUAUAUGAAGAAAUUACAAGGGAGGAAAUAGCGAAACAGCAGAGGCGUGAAAAGUUGCGACUUAAACGUAAGAAAAAGAAGGAACGUCGUUAUGAAACGGAAGAGAAGGAGAAUUCCUGUGACUGUUCAAAUGAAAGGCAAGGUAAAUCCUCCUGUAGUUGUGCAGAAUCAAAGCCGACGACGCAAAAUAUCGACCGACAUAAGUUACAGGUAUUAGAUCCAAAAAACAAAGGGCCACCAACAUGUAAAUGUCCGGAUUGUUUAAAAAAACAAAAAACGCCUAGUAUAUCACAAUCGCAAAGUAAAGUAGAAUUAGCAUUCCCUGUGAAAAAGACGACAAGUGCACAAAAAGCUAUUAAAAGCGGCACUUCCGAAGCAAAAACGAAAUUUAGUACAAGUCAAUCAAAGCAAAGUGACACAUCUCUCAAACAAUUACCUCAAGAGGAUUCGUCCGAUACUUGCGAAUCGUGUAAGGAAGUUGAAAAAAUUGACGAGGAUCAAUGGCAUGCAUAUGACAAAGACUGUAAAGAUUCUGUGACGACCAAUAAAAUGCUGCUAAAUGCUUGGAUAACGAAACCUAGUAAAGCUAGAUAUACUGUAGAUAAAACUAGAUAUACUAUGUGGAUAGAAAUGAAGAAACGUCUCGAAAUGUCCCAAAAAAAAAGUCACUCCUCCAGCGAGCAUUCGUCACAAGAUUGCGGAUAUUCUUCUGGACACAAUAUAAGUAGUUCCUCUCUUCCUAGUACGCCGGAGGGCUCCGAAGUAGCCUGCAAUGAUGAAUGUUGUAAUCACGAGGGGGCUUGUCACGAUAAACUUAAUCAUUCCAGUCCUAGUAUCUCUUUAUUACAAGAAGGAGGUUUGACGCUCUCGCAAAUGCUAAAGGAUUCCAAUUUCUCUGAUGAUGACGAGAAGGAGAGUUAUAUUCCAGCGGAGGAAGUGUUAGAGUUCAAAUCGCGAAUGUGUCAACUUACAGAGAAGCGGCAGGAACUCCGACAAACGCUUAGAGAACGUUUUGCUAUGUUAUGCAACCAUCAAAAACCACUUACCAUUUUUCACUAAGAAUUCCUCUGACAAUAUCUCUGACAUUUUUCUUCUUUUUUACAUUGAUUUACUGCCAAUAGAGCGGGAGACACAAAUACAAUAAAUGUAUUUUGAAUAAUUAUUAUUUGAAGUCAACUUUCUGAUGUUAAUUAAUGCCGAAAAUGUACACACACAUACACACAUAUAAAUCAAGAAGAGAUAGAAACAUAAUAUUACUUAUCUCUGCAAGCAGAGAAUUGCAUAUGAUAAGUAAAAGAUGUUAAGACGAAGAAGAUGGUUUCAAAUCAUAGUCAAAUAACAUUGACUUUGAGAAAAAUACAAAAUAUACAGUUCAUAAGACUAGAAAAUUGAAUUUGAUUGUAUAGAGAUCUGUACAAUUGAAGUAAACGUAGAUAUUUUGUAUGAAUAUGCCUUGGCUGUUGAGAAUAUGGCAGGUCCGAUUCUGUUGCGUGCAGUAAAUGCGAAUUGUUAUAGACACAAGUUCUCCAGGUGAUUGCCGUAUAUUUAAAAAAUAUUGUAUUUUCUUGAAAAAUUUUUCAUUUUCAAGAAGAUCAUAUAUUUAUACGGCGAUACGAUUAUUACUCGUGUCAGUGUUGUAAUAAUAGAGAUGCGAUGGAACAUUUGUCGGAAUCUUAAUAUAAAAUGAAUGUAUUGCAUUCCAAUAUAAUAUAUAUAUACACA